CUCUAUUCCACAGUUCAAAUCCUCCUUCCUCUCUUGCUACUGCAACUCAUGGCAAGCAUGGGAUCCAUCAGGGAUGUGAUGCAGCUGACGCUCGAUGAGGACGAGGAGGCAUGCACGUACGCCCUGCAUCUGGCGAUCGGCUCCGUCCUCCCCAUGGCCCUCAAGGCCGCCAUCGAGCUCGAGCUACUGGAGAUCAUCGUCAGGGCCGGCCCCGGCGCCAUGCUCGGCCCAGCCGACAUCGCGGCCCAGCUGCCAACCGCAAACCCGCAGGCUGCAGUAAUGGUGGACAGGAUCCUCCGACUGCUCGCCGCCUACAGCGUUGUCAGCUGCACCGUCGAGGCCGGCGACGACGGCCGCCCCUCGCAUAAGUACGGCGCCGCGCGCGUCUGCAAGUACUUGACCAAGAACGAGGACGGCGUGUCCCUGGAAUCCAUGAGUUUGAUGAACCAAGACAAGGUCCUCAUGGAAAGCUGGUAUUACUUGAAGGAUGCGGUGUUGGAAGGCGGCAUCCCCUUCAACAAGGCCACCGGGAUGGCGCCGUUCGAAUACCACGGAAGCGACCCGCGGUUCAACAGGCUGUUCAACGACAGCAUGAGGGGUCGCUCCACCAUCCUCAUGAAGAAGCUACUCCAAGUCUACCGCGGCUUUGACAGCAUCAAGGUGCUCGUCGACGUUGGUGGCGGCAUCGGCGCCACACUCCACAUGAUCACCUCCAGGCACUCCCACGUCAAGGGCGUCAACUUCGACCUUCCUCAUGUCAUCUGUGAGGCACCACCCUACCCAGGAGUGGAGUAUGUUAGUGGAGAUAUGUUUAUAGGAAUCCCAAGUGGAGAUGCCAUUUUCUUGAAGUGGAUUCUUCAUGAUUGGAGUGAUGAGCAUUGUGUGAAGAUAUUGAAGAAUUGUUGGAAGGCACUGCCCGAGAAAGGAAAGGUGAUUGUGUUGGAAAGUGUUCUACCAACAAUCCAGGAGUCGACUCCUCAAGCCAAAUGUGCUUAUGAAACAGAUGUUAUCAUGUUGGCUCACAGCGAUGGAGGCAGGGAGAGGACCCAAAAGGAGUUCCAGGACCUGGCAAGGGAUGCUAGCUUCUCAGGAUUCAACAUCACUUAUCUCUUCGCCGCUACUUGGGUCAUGGAAUUCACCAAAUAGAUUACUGGAAGCUAUAUAUAUAUAUAUAUAUAGACACGCACAAUGCUCAAUCUCAUUUUAUAUUCACAAUGUUAUCUUACUUGUUUUGCUUUAUAAGACUACUUGGUUGUCAGCUUGUAUCCAAAAUAAAGUUUUACAACAGCUAAUGGAUCCUGAUUCUGUUGUCAAACAUAGCAUCCC